AUGAUUUCAAUAAAUCAGCCACUGAUGUGAUGAUAAUGAUGAUUCGUUUCCGUAGAAACGACCAUUUCCUUUUUUUUGAAUAUUAGAGUAUCAACAAUAAAUCGAUUAUUCAAUUUGUUCAUAUAUUUAAAAUUUUGGUGGCCAUUUUGAUAAAGAUAUCUGGAACGGAUUUGGUUUUGAUGGCCAUUAUUUUAUUGAAAAUAAAUACGUGCAAUUGUUUAUAAUAAACAACAUUCAAACCACUUAUUCGAAUUUCUAAUUUUUGACUCAGUGGCCUAAUGUAUGAAAGAGUUCAAAGUUCAUCUUCACCUUGUUAUAACUAUAUAUAAUUAUCAUAACAAACCUAAAAAAAACCUUUGAACACUUUCUUCCUCAAAAAAAGCUUGCCAUCAUCAUCAAAAAAAAACGACCAACCCGAAAUCGUUUUUGCCUGUUCAAAUAGAUUUCGAUUCGUUUCGAACAAACAUCAUUAACAUCAUUUUCAUUACAAGUGUUGGCAUUCAUAAUAAUCUCAUUCAUAUUCGCUUGGUUAAAUGGUUACCAUUGUCUUCAUUGACUAGUCAUCAUCAUUUUGUUAGAUAAAUUUUAUUCAGAAUGUUCACUAUUCGUUGCCUAGUCCAACUGAUUUGUCUUUUUGCUUUAUCAAUAAAUGGCUACAUAACCUCUGAUAAUGAUAAUGCAAGAUCAUUUACUACAAUGAAUCAACGACCUUUAUACAACAUUGGUCACAUGUGUAAUUCAAUCAAAAAGACAAUGGAUCAUAUCGGACGUGGUGCAAAUGCUGUCGAAGUGGAUGUUACUUUCAAACCGGAUGAUAUAUAUCUAUUUCAUGGUUAUCCAUGUGAUUGUUUUCGUUAUUGUUGGGAUCGUGAAUUGCUUUCUAAUUAUCUUAGAUUCGUGCGACAGGCAACAACACCCGGUCAUCCUAGAUAUCAUCCACAAUGGGCUAUACUGUAUUUUGAUAUUAAAUUGAAAUCAUUUUCGAAUGAAGAAAAACGUGAACACGGUGUACGAUUUGCCAAUCAUAUGGCAUCGUUUUUCUUCAAUGAAAUUCCCGUCAAAUCUACCAUACGAUUUAUUAUUGCCAUAUCAUACGCUGAUGAUGAUGACUUUAUCUAUGGUUUUAUCAAUCAGCUCAAAGAAUUGGGACUUUAUGAUUCCUAUAGAAACUUUUUAGGAUUCGACAUAGGUAUAGAAAAAGAUGUCGACCGUGCACGGGCCAUUUGGAAUCAAUUAAAUAUUACAAAUGUAUGGCAAGGAGAAGGCAUUACCAAUUGUAUUAAUCCAAUUGCUGGCCAUCAAUUAGAAAAAUUGGUUCAUAUUCGUGAUAGCCCAAUGACUUAUUUUUCUAAAGUUUAUCGAUGGACAAUAGAUCUUACUGAUUCACUUCGAUCUGUUCUACAACAUCAGAUCGAUGGCGUUAUGACUAAUCAUCCGGAACGUGUUCUUCGUAUUAUCACAAGAGAUCCAGAAUUAUCUCGAAUAUAUCGAUUGGCAACGAUCAAAGAUGAUCCAUUUAAACGAAUACGUGCCAAUAGUAGACCAGAUGGACGAAAUUGGAUUCCCAAUUAUACUAGCCACGGAAAAGUAACACGAGCCAUUGCCGAUUUCACCGAUUCAUUUCGUUAUUACAUUCGUGAUAUCAUGAAAUCAAUUUUUUAGGCAUAUAAUCAGAAAAUGUGUAUAUUAUUAUUUUUGCCAAUAUGUUUCAGUAAUUUUUUUUUUUGGUUCGAAAAUCGUUUUAUUAAAUUAUAUCAAUGAAAAAUAAA